AUCGGCCGCCAGCAUGAUGUGCGGGGUGCCCACCGCCUCGCAGCCCGCCACGGCCGAGACCCAGGCCAUCGCUGACCAGGUGAAGCCCCAGCUGGAAGAACAGGAGAAUAAGAACUAUGCUACAUUUAAGGCUGUGGAGUUCAGGAGCCAGGUGGUCGCAGGGAUGAACUACUUCAUCAAGGUUCAAGUUGACGAUGAUGAGUUUGUGCACCUUCGAGUAUUUCGAAGUCUCCCGCAUGAAAACAAGCCUGUGGCCUUGUCCAGCUAUCAGACCAACAAAGCCAGGCAUGACGAGUUGGCGUAUUUCUAGUUCCCACUCUGAAUAGGGCUCGUCCAUGUGGUUCUGUCCUCUGUGAAUGUGUCUGGGAUCAAAAGUAAAUGUCGUUUCUACACGGGGCCACUUGGGGAGGGGAUGUCACCACCUCUUUUGCGACUGUU